AUGGACGAAAAAGACGAGUGCACACACUCCACCAUCGAGGAUAUCAAGUCCGCUUCCUUCCCGCCAGAUGAACUCGAUCGCGCAGCGGAGAGACGGCUCCUAUGGAAAUGCGACUUGCACGUUGUCCCCAUUCUCACUGUCCUGUUCAUGUUUGCCUUUCUCGACCGCAUCAACAUCGGGAAUGCCCGGUUGAUGGGGCUGGAGAGGGACCUGGGGAUGACCGGGCAUGAGUACAACAUCGCCCUAUUUGUGUUUUUCAUUCCGUAUAUUCUCUUCGAGCUCUUCUGUGCGGUUGCCGAGGUGGUGAGCGAUGCUGACAGUGCCCCAGGGAUUCUGACUGUCUGUCAAGGCGUUACGAAGAGUUUUCAAGGAUUGGUGGUGUGUCGGGUCCUCAUUGGGGUGUUCGAGGCGGGUUUCAUGCCUGGAUCCGUCUACCUGAUCAAUAUGUACUAUCGUCGUCAUGAGCUCCAAUGGCGACUCAACGUCUUCUUCAGUGCGAGUAUCUGUGCUGGCGCAAUUAGCGGGCUACUCGCUUACGCCAUCAACAACAUGGACGGUGUCGCCGGGUACAGUGGCUGGCGCUGGAUCUUCAUCCUCGAGGGUCUCGCCACCAUUGUCGUCGCGGUCAUCGCUAAGUUCAUCGUCGUCGAUUGGCCCGAGACCGCCAGGUUCCUGACCGAGGACGAGCGAGCGCUGCUCCUCCGCCGUCUAGCAGAAGACCAAGGUGAAGCGAGGAUGGACCGUCUGGAUAAGAAGUCAUUGCGACGUGCCUUUUCAGAUCCAAAGAUCUACCUGGGACCACUUAUGUACUUUGGCAUUGUCAAUACCGGCUACGCGGUCUCCUUCUUUACCCCCACCAUCCUCAACCAGCUAGGAUGGACCGCCGUCCGAGCCCAGGUCAUGAGUAUCCCCAUCUACUGCGUCGCCACGGUCAUCGCCCUCUCCGCCGCCUAUGCCAGCGAUCGACUUCGCCACCGAUACCUGUUCACAUUGGCAGGCUGUCUCGUUGCAACCGUGGGCUAUGUGAUACUGCUCUGCCAGGCAUCCGUGCCCGUCGGGGCGCGCUACUUUGCCGUCUUCGCCAUCACAGGCGGCGGGUACCUGACGCAACCGAUCCUCAUGGGCUGGCUAAGUAACAACAUGGCGGGUCAUUACAAGCAGUCCAUUGCGUCGGCAAUGCAGAUUGGAUUUGGCAAUUGUGGAGGGCUGGUGGCCAGUAACAUCUUCUUCAAGGAGGAGGCUCCGCGAUAUACUACCGGGUACGGGGUGAGUCUGGGGAUGACCUGGAUUUGCGGAGCGGCGUGCGCCUUGUUCCUGACUUACUUGGCGAGGGAGAAUAGGUUAAGGGAUGCAGGUAGAAGGGACUGGAGGCUGGAACUGCCCCGGGACGAAUUGGAGAAUCUGGGCGAUGACCAUCCUGCCUUUCGAUUUACUUAUUAA